AAAGCAUCUGACUAUAAACAAAUGGACAUUGAACGAAUUUUAACGGUUGAAAAAUGGAUUUUCUCACUUCUGAGCAGCUACGUCAGUACCAAGAUAUAAUAGACCAGAUAAACAGUGCAUUUGCUGAAAAAGAUCGCUUGAAAAAAGAACUAGACACGAUAAACAACAAAAUAAUCCUUCAAAACCUUACAACCUCUAGAGCUGUAGACAAAAUAGCGCAUGUGAUAUUAAGGAUAUUUUCUAAGGCCAGCGAUGUCUUGAAAUUGUAUGAGGAUGAAAUAUCUAGUGACACUAUGUUCAACUCAGAAAAUUGCAAGUAUUAUAUAGUAGAAGUCUAUUUAACAAACGCUGUGCUGCAAAAGCUUUGUGUUGAGGAGUGGCUCUUGAAUAUCAGUAUUUCUUACAAAAAUACAUUCAUAAGUAAAACUGUAAAUCUAAGAAGUACUGUCCCAAUAAUUGAAUUAAUUCCCAUAGAUGAAAACAUCAUUGAAUCUACUUUACAAGUAACAUUACUGCCAAAGGAUAAUAAACAAAGUAUUGUAAACUUAGAUAAACAGCAUAUCGAUAUCUCUUAUCAUUUUGAAAUGUACAAGAAAAACAGACAAAAAACUACUGUGAUUCAAAAAAUUUUGCAAAUAGGUAAAUUAUACAAUGAGAAUAAUGAACUACGAAAGCUACUCAAUGAAAAACAAGAAUUUUAUCUAGAAUGUCAAGCUAAGACCUCUGAAUUUAAAAGAGAAUUUUUGAACAGAUGUUAUCAUAACAUAGGAAUUGAACAGUUCUCAAAUUUUGAAGAUAACUCCAAUGAUUUUAAUAUUCAGUUCACAUGCAAGUAUAGUAAAGCAGAAAUGAUAGUUGCACCACAUGAAGUGAGAGUUAGAUGCAAUAUUAUUGAUUUGAGCUUGUUGAAAAUUUAUUUUUAUUCUUUAUUGAGGAAAUAUAAAAAAGCAUGCGUAACAGAGGACAAACUCCAAGAGAUUGCAAAGAUGAAAUCCAUAGCGGAAAACUCUAAUGUGAAUGAAAUUUAUUCAUCCCUACAAAAAUUUCGUUCUAAAUUGUUUUGAUAGUUUUUGUAACUUUGCAAAAUAUAUA